UUCAGUGUGAUCUGUCCAGUGGUGGACUGUCCGACAUUCAAGAUGUCCCAGUCUUCCACCGCUGAUGAGGGUACAACCUUUGAAAACUUGUGGAGUACCCUUGAGCCAGACAGCACAUAUUUUGAGCUUCCUCAGGCGGGACACUCAGGGGACAGGGUGCCUUCUAGUAACCGCGCUGAGGUCUGCAUGGACGUCUACCACAUGAGAGACAUGAGAGACAUGAACGACAACGUCAUGUCUCAGUACAGCCUACUGAGCAGCAGUAUGGAACAAGGUUUGGGGAACAGAGCAGCGUCUAGCAGUCCCUACAGCUCAGAGACCGCCUCCAACGUGCCAACGCCGUCACCCUACUCCCAGCCGAACUCGACCUUCGAGGCCAUGUCUCCAGCCCCGGCCAUCCCCUCCAACACUGACUACCCCGGGCCGCACAACUUCGAGGUCACCUUCCAGCAGUCGAGCACGGCCAAGUCAGCCACCUGGACGUACUCUCCAUUGCUUAAGAAGCUGUAUUGUCAGAUCGCCAAGACCUGUCCGAUUCAGAUCAAACUGGCUUCCUCGCCCCCAAACGGCGGCGUGAUACGAGCCAUGCCCAUCUACAAGAAGGCCGAACACGUCACAGAGGUGGUCAAACGCUGUCCCAACCAUGAACUCGGACGGGACUUCAAUGAAAGUCAGACAGCUCCUGCCAGUCACUUGAUUCGGGUGGAGGGCAGUAAUCUGUGUCAGUAUGUGGAUGAUCCUGUGACGGGCCGACAGAGCGUUCUCGUUCCCUAUGAGGAUCCGCAGGUGGGCACCGAGUUCACAACGAUUCUGUAUAAUUUCAUGUGCAACAGCAGUUGUGUCGGUGGAAUGAACCGCAGGCCCAUCCUUAUCAUCAUCACGCUGGAGACACGAGAUGGACAGGUUCUCGGCAGGCGUUCGUUUGAAGGCCGGAUUUGUGCCUGUCCAGGUCGAGACCGCAAGGCAGAUGAGGAACAUUUCAGGGAGCAACAGGCUCUAAAUGAGAGCGUGGCCAAAAAUGGAAAUGCCAAUAAACGAAAUUUCAGACAGACUCCAGCCAAUAUUGCAGGCCCUUGCAUCAACAUCAAGAAGAGGCGACAUGGAGAAGAGGAGACGUAUUAUUUACCAGUGCGAGGCCGGGAAAACUUUGACAUCCUGAUGAAGAUAAAGGACAGUCUGGAACUUGUGGAGUUUGUACCACAACAGUUAGUGGAUUCAUACAGACAACAACAACAACAACAACAGCUCCUACAGAGACAGAGUUAUGUUGCCUCUCCGUCUCCAUAUGGCACACACAAUAAUAUGAAUAAGAUCCACGGGCCCAUCAGCAAGCUUCCCUCAGUGAAUCAGCUUGUGACACAACAGACUCACCAGAGCGCAGGACCCUCUGCGUCCAUGUCACAUAUGGGUACGAACAUGCUGGGUGGACACCACAUGCAGUCGAACGGCGAUGUGAACGGAGCUCAUGCGUCACAGUCUAUAGUGUCCACCUCUCACUGUACCCCUCCCCCACCUUACAACCCUGACCCCAGCCUCGUCAGCUUCUUAACCAGCCUGGGCUGCCAAAACUGUAUCGACUACUUCACGUCACAGGGACUCCAGAGUGUCUACCACCUUCAGACUCUUUCCAUGGAGGACCUUGGGGCGCUGAAGAUCCCUGAGCAGUUUCGGCUGGCGAUCUGGAGGGGCCUGCAGGACAUGAAGCAGGGCCACGAUUACGGCCAGCAGCUCAUCCGCUCCAGCAGUAACAUGGCCAGCGUGGCCCUCGGCUCCGGAGGAGAGCUGCAGCGGCAGCGUGUCAUGGAGGCCGUGCACUUCAGAGUGCGGCACACCAUCACCAUCCCCAACCGCAGCGCCCCCACAGGAGCGGAGGAGUGGGCCGACUUCGGCUUUGACAUGCCUGACUGCAGGACACACAAGCACUCCAUUAAAGAGGAGUUCGCAGAGAGCGACCUUCACUGAGAAGAACCAAAUGCAAACUGCGACGGACAGUUUGUAUUUUCCAUAUAAUAGCACUUCCAUAUUUGAUGACAAAUUAUUUGAGGGGUAAAAA